CCUUACAUCUUUGGAAGCCACAAUUAAGCAGCACCGCUGGGAUAAAACGCUCGGGCUGCCAGCGGACUAGGGCAUUGCAUCGAGAGAUGGCCAGGCUGCGGACUUCGUUCCUCCUCCCUGGAGUCCUCCUUCUCCUGCUUUCCAGCCUCCCGGCUUCGUGGCAAGGAGGGGUUCCAGGUGCUGGAGCAGGAGUUCCAGGAGCAGGGUUCUACCCAGGACAAGCUGGCAUCGGAGGCCUAGGGGGACUCGGCGGCACAGGAGCUGGCAUUGGAGGUGGACUUGGAGGAACAGGUGGCCUAUAUCCAGGAGGUGCCUAUCCUGCUGGAUCUGCUGCUGCAGCCUAUAAAGCCGCCGCUAAAGCUGGACUUGGUCUACCUGGUGGUGGCGUAGGUGGAUUACCUGGAGGCGGCCUAGGCGGACUACCUGGAGGUGGCUUUGGUGGACUACCUGGAGGUGGAGUAGGCGGACUACCUGGAGGUGGCUUUGGUGGGCUACCUGGAGGUGGAGUAGGUGGACUACCUGGAGGCGGAGUAGGCGGUCUACCUGGAGGUGGCAUAGGUGGACUACCUGGAGGUGGUGUGGGUGGAUUACCUGGUGCUGGUACUGGAGCCAAGCCUGGGAAAAUCCCUGGUGUUGGAAUUCCAGGAGUCUUCCCUGGAGGUGUACUUCCUGGCACAGGAAUCCGCUUUCCAGGUGUAGGAGUCUUGCCAGGAGUGCCAUCUGGAACAGGUGUCAAACAGAAAGUCCCAGGAGCUGGAGCAGGAGCCUUUGCUGGAAUCCCUGGACUUGGAGGAAUUGGAGGUGGACAACAACCAGGCCUACCUCUGGGUUAUCCCAUCAAGGCACCAAAACUCCCAGGUUAUGGUAAGCCUUAUGGUGCUGGCAAGCUGACUUUCGGCGGGGCAGGUGGUGCAUAUGCUGGAGGACUUGGAGGGAAACCUGGCUAUCCAACGGGUACAGGUGUAGGAGCUCAGGCUGCUGCUGCUAAGGCAGCCGCAAAAUAUGGCGCUGGACUUUUGCCUGGAGCAGGCACCAUCCCUGGAGCUGGGACCCUUGGUGGAGGAGGGUUGUUGCCUGGUGUUGGUGGUGUUCCAGGAGGACUAGGUGCCGGUGGACCAGCGGUAGCGGCAGCAGUAGCUGCCAAAGUAGCCGCCAAAGCAGCAGCUUAUGGUGGCAGAGCUGUCCCUGGAACUGGACUGGGUGGUGGUGGUGGACUUCCUGGUGGUGGUGGACUUCCUGGUGGUGGUGGAUUUCCUGGUGUUGGUGGACUUCCUGGUGGUGGUGGUGGAUUUCCUGGUGUUGGUGGACUUCCUGGUGGUGGUGGUGGAUUUCCUGGUGUUGGUGGACUUCCUGGUGUUGGUGGACUUCCAGGAGUUGGAGUAGGCCCAGGAGGAGUUGGUGUAGGAGGAGUGAGUCCAGCAGUAGCAGCAGCUGCUGCCGCCGCUAAAGCAGCAAAAUACGGGCGGGUUCCAGGUGGCAUCAUCCCUGGUGGCGUCGGCCCUGGUGGCAUUGGACCUGGUGGCGUUGGACCUGGUGGCGUCUUCCCUGGUGGCGUUGGCCCUGGUGGUGUCUUCCCUGGUGGUGUUGGACCUGGUGGUGUCUUCCCUGGUGGUGUUGGACCUGGUGGUGUCAUCCCUGGUGGCGUUGGUGUCCCAGGUGGUGGUGUUCCUGGUGGUGUUGGUGGUUUCCCAGGAGCCGGGACAGCAGGAGCGGCAGCGGCAGCAGCAGCAGCUAAGGCAGCAGCAAAAGCAGCAGCAUAUGGAACUGGAGUAGUACCUGGUGGAGUUAGGCCUGGUGGACUUGUGCCUGGUGGACUUGUGCCCGGCGGAGUUGUGCCUGGCGGAGUUGUGCCUGGUGGACUUGUGCCUGGCGGAGUUGUGCCUGGUGGACUUGUGCCCGGCGGAGUUGUGCCUGGUGGAGUUGUGCCCGGCGGAGUUGUGCCCGGCGGAGUUGUGCCUGGUGGAGUUGUGCCCGGCGGAGUUGUGCCUGGUGGACUUGUGCCAGGUGGAGUUGUACCUGGUGGAGUUGUGCCUGGCGGACUGGGACCUGGUGGAACGGGACUAGUUCCAGGAAGUUCGGCCGCUCUAAAAGCAGCUGCCAAGGCAGCAAAAUAUGGUAAGGUCGCUUCAAUCCAGCACAGGCAACAAUUUAGACCAGCAUUGUAAAUAUAGGCAACUAACAGUUUCUACUAGGUCUUUGCAGUAUUUCAGAUUUGAAGGCAACAAGAUAUGUUGGGAAGUACAGCAGCAUGUUUGUAGCACUUGUCUGCAUCUCCUUAAAUCAAAUAUGUCUUUCCUUAGAGUAAGGUGACCAGAUUUUAACAUUGGUAAAGAGGGACAUUGUGGGCGUGGCUUAUUUUGUGGGCGUGGCUAGCUGGUCACGUGACUGGGUGGGCGUGGCUAGCUGGCCACGUGACUGGGUGGGCGUGGCUAGCUGGUCACGUGACCGGGUGGCCAUGGCUAUGUGUAUAGGGUAAGGUGAACAGAUUUUAACAUUGGUAAGAAGGACACCAUUGUGGGCGUGACUUAUUGUGUGGGCGUGGCUUAGAGGCCAUGUGACUGGGUAGGCGUGGCUAGCUGGUCAUGUGACCGGGUGGCCAUGGCUAUGUGU